CCACAAGCGUUGUACAUUUUCAAGCGUCUGUAAUAUCGUCUGCAUUUUAGCUUUGUUAUGAUUUUGUUUGAUAUUCUUUAUUAAAGUUAUAUGGAUGUUUUAGUUAAGCAAUAAGCCUGAAGGUCAUCCAUGGAGCAGCUGAUCGUCAUUGGUGUCAUUGACUCCAGUGACACUCUUGGAACAACUCUUCAUAAUGCAGCUUUGCAUGGAAACAAGAAAGCAUUAAAAAAAGUUCUAGACAAAGGCAUACAUGUUGAUUACCCAAAUGAAGAGGGCCAGUCCCCAUUGUUCUGUGCAGCUUUCAGCUGGACACACUGCUGUGGUUGAAUGCUUGUUGUCUGCAGGAGCAGAAUCCAAUGAAAAAAGCAAUCAAGGAUUGACUCCCCUGCAUGCAGCAUGCUAUUCUGGUCACUUGAAAGUAUUGAUAAAAUUGUUAGAAGCAGGUGGAGAUCUUCGUUUGCAUGAUUAUCAGGGCCGGAGUGUUAAAGAUUGGGCUAUGCUGAAUCCAAAUCCUAAGAAAAGAAUGAAAAUUCUUGAGUUUCUUGACAAAACAAGGUUGUUUGCAAUGUCUGGUUCAGGACAUGAUCUUUUAUUACGAAAGGCUUCUUCCAAGACACUGAGCAGGGCACAUCAAAGAAGAAACACUGUAACUCGAAUCAUUCGAGAUAAAAUAGGAAUGCCAUCUAUCCAUGACAAUCUGCAAAGAAUGGCUAACAGUCAUCACUCACUUGGGUUUGGACAAGUAUAUGCACAUAGAUCAGAUUCGACUGGCUUUGUGUCAGCGAUACCAUUUAUUAAUGAAAACAGUUUACGUCACGAUAACAAUGGUGAACUGUACAGUGGUGGAACAUUUUCAGUGAUGGAAAGCAUGUGGUGGGACUACACACAGGUGACAGUCAAGAGACUUCACAAAGACAUUGAUCCAUACAGUGGCGGAGUGGUGGACCUCUUAAUCAAUGAAAUUGAACACAUUGGCAAGCUGCGUCACCCAUAUGUGCUUACUCUGAUGGGGGUUUGCCAAACAACUAACCUGGAUGGCAUGAUCCUUGUCUAUGAGAGAGUGGGGCAAGGGUCACUUUAUAACUAUCUACAUCAUAAGAUGGAAAGACUGCCUAGCCAAAUGAUUCAAGACAUAGCUCUACAGAUGUGUAAUGCCAUCAUCUUCAUUCAUUUGCGUGGACUUGUGCACUGUGCCAUUACUUCCCACGCUAUCAGUGUAGUCAACAUGCACACCUAUAAGCUUGGAAAUUUUGAAUACAUGAUCGAAGCAUCCAAGUGUGAGUGGGGUAAGAAGAAUGCAGUGGCUAGUAACCACGAGGAGAAUGCUGUUUACAACUGGAUGGCUCCAGAAGUGAUGAUGCACAUGCCUCCAUCCUUCUACUGUGACAUGUUCAGCUACGCAGCUAUUGUUUGGGAAAUGUUCCACAACGAAGUUCCAUGGAAUGAACAGUGUGCAGACAGCAUAAAAGCAAGCUACUGCAAAGGGAAUCGCCUGUCGAUCCUGAACGGAAAAAUGCCCGAGUACUUCAAAAUCAUCUUAGAGUAUGGUCUGCAACAUGAUCCAACAGGGAGAAAGCUGUCAUUUCUUCAUGUUAGGGAUAUACUCACUACAAUGCCAAAGGAUGCAUACGGUUACAUAAAAUCACACCUGAAGAGCCGUCCUCCUGCUGACACUAGCCGUAAUCAGGUGGCCACAGCACCUCAGUCACAGAAUACCAAUAACAGCAAGAAGAGCUACCAGAAAGUGCGGGAUCAAUGUGCAAAGGAAAGUGGAGUCACAACUGAAACUGAGCAGGAUCGAAGUUUAGCACGUGUGCAGGAAGAUGUCAAGAGGGCCAAGGAAAAGAAGAAGGACAGUACAGAGGAAUUAGAGGAGGACACUCGUGUAACCAGGGAGGACUGUCGUGUAACCAGGGAGGACACUCUGGUAACCAGAUCAACCAAGUACGGAAACAAGAAAUCAGCUGGAACAAGUAAAGAAAACCGAAAUAACAGGCAACAGUUGCACUUUAAUGCUGAGGGAUUAAGGUGGGAUGCAGUUUCACAACAGGAUGAUGAAGACUAUACGUACAGUGUUCAACUAAAGAUAUCUCCACAAAAGUCUCAAACUCCGCAGAGUGUCAGAAAGAUUGACCUAAUGAGGCGGGAAGAGGAACAGCAUAGUAUGAAAAGAGAGACCCCUUCUGACAGUUGUACAGAUUCCGUUAAAAGCCUGGAAAGUGCAGACAAUACACAGUAUGCCAAAGGCAGAGAAUUAGGCAAAGUUACUUCAUCAAUGGGAAAAUUCAGCUUCCUACAACUGGGUAAUCACCAGAGAACACGAAGUGCUGGGGCAAAGCCGGCUUGCCAUCAACAGACUGACAUAGUUGCUGAGGAAUACUCAACCUCUGGAAAGCUGACCAUUGCUGGCUCACUGUAUGCUCUGUACAAUGACCACAGCCCAAACAGGCCUCUGGGUCAGCUGGAACACCAGAGAGAAAACUCUCACUAUGCCACCAUGCCAUCCAGGAAAAAGCAGUCCCCGGUGGUUGAGACAGAUCCAAGCUGGUUCGGUGGUAGAGGAAGUGUUAGAAACCUUGCCAAGGCCUUUCAAGAACAGAUACAACAUCAUGCGUUCUACCAGGCUGUGGUGGAUGGGACUGUGAACAAGGAACAUUCCCAGGAACACCCCUCCCACUCUGCAGACUUCAACUGCCACUCUGCUACCAAACCCUCAGUCUUUCUAGGUGUAAAGAAUGCCUACAAGCUGACAUACGACACUGAUGAGGACAGUGGCAGCACGUUCACAUGUAGCAGUGUGCCAGACAGGGUUGGGAGUGAGAACGCUAUAGACAGCAGCACUGAGUCAGACAUUGUGUCCAAAUGGGUCGACCAUGAAAUCACAAAAAUCAAGAGAAAUCUCACUAGAGAGGUUGUACCUGCCACUACAGCAAGAUUGAAUACAGUGCAAUCCCCAGAGUUGUUUGAUGAUUCUGAGAAUACUACAUCUCCACCAAAUUUCCCGAGGGUAUUCAGGUACCAGGCCUGCCAGGAGGAGACAGAUGAGCUUUGCAAUGAGCUGGUCACUCCAGACACAUCAGAAACAAGUCUUUCUUCCAGUGACAAGCACAAUUCUGGGGACCAUGUUAGGAGCAGGUCACCAGUGGAAACAUUCUACUUUGACGAUGAACUCUACUCCAAUCGUAAAUCUCCAAAGAUCACCAGAGUGACCACUGAAAACCAAAAUGAUACCCAACCAUUCAUUCCUUCUGCCAGGCUGCCAAUGACUAGUAUUUUAAAGAGAACUAAAUCAUCAAGUGAUGACAUGUAUCAGGAAUCAUCGCCUCCACGAGUCAAUCCAAACAAGAAAAGGACCAACAAGACAAGAAUUCCAACAUCCUCACGAUCCAACCCUCACCCAGAUCCAAAAGCAAAUGAAGGGGCAUUUGCAAACAUAGUAACAGUUCGGUCUAACUUGGAUGAUGAAGGUGUACACCAGGUCACACAUCGAGUGAAGAACCUCAGAAAUGGCGCCUCCAGGACGCUGCUUAAUAACACUGUGAAUGCUCAGAAAGUCAUCACCAAAUUUACAAGUCAGAAAUGAUGCUACAUCACGUUCAUGUCGUAUGUCUAUCACUGCUACCUGGUCAGAAAUAAUAAAGCUUGUGGUGCCUAUUGGCUCAGUGGCGCCAGGUCUGAAAAUCGUAAUGCAAUAGAAAAGUACAUGUAUGUAAAGUAUUUCAUUAUUGUUCAACCCUACUCCUUCAUAACGGGUACAUCUGCAUCUGUGUUUUAUUGUUCAUGUUUUAGACAAGUUGAUUAAGAAAGCAUGCAUGUAUUUGCUGUUCUGUUUAAGCAUGUGACAGCUAUUGUUUCCGAGUCAUUUUUUUGCCUCUGACUGUGAUCAAUCUUAUAUGUGAUACAAUUAUUGUUGUGUUGUUUGAUUAAUAAAUUGAUAUUUAACCUAGUAAA